UGCGCAGCCUUCCAAGUAUCGGACGACGGGGCGUCAUUUUCUUUGGUCUGCUUGUGGAAGUAUGUGGCUUGUAGCUCUUCUGUUCCUAGCGUUGGAAGGAGCGUCUGCGGACACACCAGCCAACUGCAGUUACAAUGACAUCCAGGGAACAUGGACCUUUACUGAAGGCCCCCGCAACGGAACGGCCGGUAUGCGUUGCGACGACUGGACGGGAGAAGGAGGAACGCCCGUGGAAAUCACACUAAGCUUUCCGAAUGUAGCUACUGACAACCUUGGCAACGAAGGCACCUGGACACUCGUCUAUAACCAAGGCUUUGAAGUCGCAAUCAACUAUCGCAAGUACUUCGCCUUUUCGGACUACAAACUGCUCGACGAUAAAACCGUGAUCAGUUAUUGCCACCGAACGCGCCCUGGAUGGUCCCAUGACGUGCUCGGCCACAACUGGUCCUGCUAUCGUGGCCGUAAGACGGGACAGCAAAUCACAUAUGAGCGUCACCUGGAACACGGAAUGGAAAAUAUUGAAGAUCCACACAACACUGAGAUGUUCGCUGAUCUCCUGAACGCCGCCCAAACCUUGUGGAAAGCCAAGGUUCACGAGCCGUUCCGAGGUCUAACCCUAGGUGAGAUGUUCCGCAUUCGGGGAGGCAAGCGAGGACAAGCUGUUCAGAGUCCCGGCCCAGCACGUGUCACACCAUCGGUUGCAGAGGAGGCAUCCGCGCUGCCUACGGAGUUCGACUGGCGCAACGUGAGCGGUGUUAACUAUGUCUCGCCAGUGCGCAAUCAAGGAAGCUGUGGAAGCUGUUACAGCUUCGCGUCAAUGGGAAUGCUGGAGGCUCGAGUGCGAAUUGCCACCCACAACAAGCAGAAGCCGGUGUUUUCGCCACAAGACGUCGUCUCCUGCUCAAAGUACUCGCAAGGUUGCGACGGCGGCUUUCCAUAUCUAGUGGCUGGCAAGUACGCGCAAGAUUUUGGCGUCGUAGCUGAAGAGUGCAACCCAUACCAAGGCGUGGACGGUCCCUGUAGAACAAACCGAACCUGCGAACGUGCUUACGUUGCGCGCUAUCACUAUGUGGGAGGCUUCUAUGGAGGGUGCAACGAAGAGCUGAUGCGACUCGCCUUGGUGAAGAACGGACCAGUAGCCGUAGGUUUCGAAGUCUACCCAGAUUUCCAAGCGUACUCCGGAGGCAUCUACCACCACACAACCGUGCACAGGAAUUUCAUCCUGGGGCCAUUCAAUCCCUUCGAACUCACGAACCAUGCUGUACUGGUAGUUGGCUAUGGUGUGGAUGAGGCCACAGGAACCAAGUUCUGGACUGUCAAGAACUCCUGGGGCGAAUCCUGGGGUGAAAACGGCUACUUCCGUAUCAUGCGAGGCAACGACGAAUGCGCCUUCGAAAGUUUGGGCCUUGAGGCUUCGCCUAUUCCCUGAAUUAUUUUCAGAAUAUAUCUGUGAAUGAUCUAUUUGUUA